AUGACUUCCUUCGCCACCCACGACCUCUACGGCGGCGCUAUCACAGUCGACCUUCCAACCACAUACAUCGACGCCAGUGACAUCCGCCAAAUCCCCGAUCACCAGGAAGUCUUCCUCUCGAAUAAGACAUUGACUUCACUGAUCUUCGAAAUCAACGAAUACGUCCAGCAACCCGAUCCAGCUGCCCUCUACUUCCACUUCAACGAUGUCAUUGCGCCACCUGAUCGACUGAAAGGAGAGCUGAAUGCGCUUCCCAGGCCGGCUUUUGCGAAGGAGAGCCUGUCUAGCUUUCCGGCAUACUUGGUAGAGGGAAGCAUCGUGACACCCGAAGUCGACAAGAAGGCGCCGAGUGCAUUGCCGGUCGAGUGGCAGGAGACGCCACAAAUGAAGGAAGUGGAGCUGGUCGAGAAGGAGAAUGUGGAUGCGGAGGAGAAGGUGGUGCAGGAGGUCCUGCAGAAGAUUGUGGCGACUCUGGACAUCAAGGACUUUGGCCUUUUCGGUAUGGAGUGA